CUCAUGUGAACCUCAUUUGGAAAGUAACUCAACAACGAUCAGCAACGUCAAUUCUAAGCGACCAUGGGUUGGUUUUCGAGAUCAACCGUCCCGGUACAGCAACAAGAAAACACAUCCGCAAGUCAGCCUUCAUUAGUCAAGGGUGAAUCCUCAGCUUCGCCCACUGCAGCAGCAACAGCACCACCAACCCCUGUACCUGUGCCAGCUCUCUCCGCACCAGUGAGUGAAGCUGCAGCAGCGGCGGUAGCAACAGCAACCGAUCCUCAGAUACAUAUUCAGCAGACUCAAGCACAGGCACAGACACAGCCAGAGGUGCAGGGAAACUCGCCGGCAGAGUACGCACCCGAGGCCCUGGCUACAGCGCCUCGUCAUUCGCUUCCGGCACAGGUGAUGGAAUUUGACGAAUACAAGGCGUCGGAUGAUAUCUUUGACCGGUUCAAGGUCUCGGAUGCGAUGAACCAGCUUGCGGCGUGCUCAUCAUUGGGAUCAAAUAUCCGCAACUACUAUCGUUACGGGACAUACAAGGAUUGUGCGGACCGAUAUGAUCACCUGAAAUUCUGUCUGAGCAUUAAGACCAAGUCGUCGCAGGUCGCGCAGGUCAUGAUCCAGAAACGGGAUGCGGAACUCAGGGCGAAGAAGAGGGCGAUGCCCAACUCUGAGGAUGUCUGGAUAGCAAGAACACAUCCGCCAGAGGAGUUGGUACGGCAGGCUAGGGACUCAUAGUGUCCUAUUUACGAAUUUACGGCCCACAGAUCAUAUUCGGCAUUAAAGAAGUAGGCAUAGUCAGAAUCUCGGAGGAUGAUAUGGUUUGCAUUAGGAUGAGCCUUUUUUUUUUUUUUAUUCUUAUUGUA